AUGAACACACUCUCUGCCGUCUCUUUGCUGGCUUUGGCCGCUACCAGCUUUGCCUUGCCAAACCCUACUCCUACACCCACCACUUUGGCGACGCACGGUCUCGCAGUCGAUGGUGCCAUGGCAGUGCACACCGUUGCUGCUGCUGCUGACUAUGCCAGCCCACCUGAGUACCUGACCAUUGUUGUCGUCAACAGCCACGGUGAUACCAUUACCACCUCUCUUGACACUAAUCCUGGUGCCCCUACCCCUGUCUCUGGAGCGACUGGCGCCGGUACAAUGACCAAUGGUCAGACAGCUUCAAUUGCUGUUCCCACGAACUGGAUCGGAAAUAUGGCCAUCAACGAUGCCCUUUGGGGAAUCACUGGCGAUGAUAGUUUAAUCGAGUCCAACUUCGUCGUUCCUUAUGAAGGAACUGUGGCCGUGGCCGAUAUUGAUGUCAGCUAUGUUGACGGGUUUUCUGUUGCUAUCGUCUGCCACUGCGGUGGUCUCAGCGACACUGUUGUCACUGGAUGCAACAAGAACUUGUUCGAACUCAACACCUGCCCCGACAACGAUAAUGAAAAUGCCUGCGUCAACCCUCUCCGCAGUGACCUUUCUGCUACUUCUGCCACAACGUUCUUCGCACCUUGCUCCGGUGCUGCUUACACUUUCCCCAACGACAGUGCUGCUAACAGCUUCGGUACGUGCCAGACUGGUACUUACACUUGCUGUAUUGGUGCUGCCUGCGCUGCCAACCCCAAUCAGCCUGCCUAA